GCGUGUGACUGGCAGCGUGAACUCAUUCCCACACACGCAAAGGCACACCGGCGCAGGCGGAGGAGGAUGUGUACCCGGACAAGAAUCGACAACCUAAAAGGCUAAGCUAGUUGUUGUUUCAGAACCGAUUAAUUAUUCUGGCUUAAUUGUAAUUGAAAAGAUGUUUAAUUCUUAACCACGUGAGUCUGUUUAAACAUAUUUUGUAACAGAAGAAGACUUAGCUUAGCUAUAGGCUAAUUUAACAGAAAACCACACUUAACGUUGGAGAUUUGUGCAGUUUACCUGAAGAUGAGGAAUUGUGAAUCCAGCUAAAGAACAGGACUGAGGUCUGAAGACAGACUGUAGACAUUUUAAAAAAGAAGCCCAAAGCACCAUGGAGAACUUAAAAUCAAAACGGCCCGGUCAUGCUCACAAGAAGCCUUGGAACCGAACGCUGUUGUCCUUGCUAAUAGUAGGAUGCUUGGUAGCGGUCAUUUCUUCAGACGAAGACUAUUAUAAGCUUUUAGCGGUAUCCAGAGAAGCCAGCACCAGAGAGAUCCGACAGGCGUUUAAAAAGCUGGCCCUCACCAUGCACCCCGACAAGAACCCGAACGACCAAAGCGCCCACGACAAGUUCCUGAAGAUCAACCGGGCCUACGAGGUCCUGAAGGACGAGGACCUGCGCAAGAAGUACGACAAGUACGGGGAGAAGGGGCUGCAGGACGAGCAGCAGGGAGGCCGCUACGAGAGCUGGAACUACUACAGAUACGACUUCGGCAUUUAUGAUGAUGACCAGGAGAUCAUCACUUUGGACAGAGGAGACUUUGACGCAGCGGUGAACUCUGGAGAGCUGUGGUUCGUGAACUUCUACUUCCCCCGGUGCUCGCACUGCCACGACCUGGCCCCCACGUGGCGGGAGUUUGCUAAAGAGAUGGACGGGGUGAUGAGGAUCGGGGCCGUCAACUGCGGGGACAACGGAAGGCUCUGCCGCAGCAAAGGCAUCAACAGCUACCCCAGCCUCUACAUAUUUAAGGCUGGAAUGAAUGCUGAAAAAUACUAUGGAGACAGAUCAAAGGAGAGUUUGACCAAGUUUGCAAUGCAGUUUGUGAAGAGCAAAGUCACAGAGCUGUGGCAAGGCAAUAUCUUCACUGAGAUUGAAAAUGCCUUUGCCUCCCGGAUAGGAUGGAUCAUAUCUUUCUGUGGCGAAAGCGGAGACUGUUUGGCCCCACAAACGAGGCAGAAAUUAGCAGGAAUGUUGGAGGGCCUGGUGAACGUGGGCUGGAUGGACUGCUCCAUGCAUUCUGGGCUGUGCGAGAGCUUCGAAGUGACGGCCAGCGUCACAGCCUUCUUUCCCCCGGGCAGCACCCUGAAGGAGAGAGAGAGUGUGCUGUUCCUCCAGAGUCUGGAUGCCAGAGAAAUCUACAGUCAAGUGCUGCAGCGCCUGCCAGAGCUGGAGACUCUCACAUCGGAAACGUUCGAGGCUAAGCUGGCCCACCAUCGUUGGCUGGUGAGCUUCACUUUUGGACAGAAGGACUUGGAUUCGCAGGAGUACAAGAAGCUGAAGGCACUUCUGAAACAGUAUCAUAUACAGGUGGGGAAGGUUGACUGCGUGUCGGAAGCGGAGCUGUGCAGGUCCCUCUACAUCCAGAAGCCCUGCAUCGCCGUCUUCAAAGGGCUGGGCGUGAGCGAUUUUGAGAUCCACCACGGCAAGGAUGCCCUGUACAACAUCGUGGCCUUCGCCAAGGACAGCGUCAGCGCCCAUGUGACCACCCUGAGGCCCGAGAACUUCCCCAGCCACGAGAAGGAGCCCUGGCUGGUGGACUUCUUCGCCCCCUGGUGUCCCCCCUGCCGUGCCCUGCUCCCCGAGCUGAGGAAGGCCUCGGUGCAGCUGUUUGGGCAGCUGAAGUUUGGGACCCUGGACUGCACCGUGCACGAGGGACUCUGCAGCAUGUACAAUAUUCACGCGUACCCCACUACGGUGAUCUUCAACAAGUCCAGCAUCCACGAAUACGAGGGGCACCACUCAGCCGACGGCAUCCUGGAGUUCAUCCAGGACCUGGUGAACCCGGCGGUGGUCUCCCUGACGCCGGACUCCUUCCAGGCCCUGGUGACAAGGAGGAAGCCCGGCGAGACGUGGAUGGUGGACUUCUACGCCCCCUGGUGCGGGCCCUGCCAGGCGCUGCUGCCUGAGUGGCGGAGGAUGGCGCGGUUUUUAAAUGGGCUGAUCAGCGUGGGUACGGUGGACUGCCAGAAGCACCACUCCUUCUGCCAGAAUCAGGGCGUCCGAGCCUACCCCGAGAUUCGGCUGUUCCCGCAAAGCACCUCCCACCAGAACCAGUACCAAAGCUACAAUGGCUGGAACCGGGAUGCCCAAUCUCUGAAGACCUGGGCGCUGGGGUCGCUCCCCAGGACGUCUGUGGACCUGACCCCGGAGGAAUUCAGGCUGAAGGUUCUGGGCGGGAAAGAGCACUGGGUGCUGGACUUCUACGCCCCCUGGUGUGGGCCCUGCCAGCACUUUGCCCCGGAGUUUGAGCUUUUAGCUCGGAUGCUGAAAGGGAGCGUCAGGGCUGGGAAGGUGGACUGCCAGGCUCACUCACAGACCUGUAUGAAUGCAGGCAUCAGGGCCUACCCCACCGUGCGCUUCUACCCCUACCUGGGGACAAACAAGCGAGACCAGGGAGGAGAGUACAUUAACAGCCGAGAUGCGAACGUCAUUGCUGACGUGGUGCGACAGCGGCUCCAGCAGUUGUCUCCAUGGUUACAGGACAAGUCCUCCAAACUCAAGGAUGAGCUGUAGACUGGAGGGGAGCACAGAAUCAGCAAAACACGUUUUCUAGCUGAAAGCAGAGGAACAAAGGACUACACCGACUUGUGGAGAAAGGCACGUGCUUAACGAAAGACUCUUCACCGGAGAUGUAUUUUGGACAUUUACUGCAGAGCCAGUAUUGGAGGUGUGUUUUUAUUCCCUGGCAGAGUCGCAGUUCAGCAGCUGAACUCACCUUGGGCCUGUUUGUUCUCUGCUCAGCAGUUGAACCGCUCUUUAUCAAAUAAACUGUACUCUGAAUGUAUACUGGAGCAUCACUGAAGAUGGGGCCCGACUUUGGUGUAUUUAUUUAUAAAGGUACCCGUAAACCUUUCUGAUGCAUUAAAUCUGCGGCAAGUUUGACAGCGUUUGGAUCCACAGAUCACACUGUGAGUGGAAAAGCAAUGGGGCCCAGUCUGUCUCUCUCUCUUUCCCUCUCUCCCUCCCUCAUUUAAUUUAUCAUCACUGGUUGUUACAUACUGUAGGUUAUGUAUUUAUCAGCUGUUGUCUGUCUUUAUUUGGGCGUUGUUCUUCCCAUGGGCUGAAUGUCUGAUGUGCUGUUCAUUUUCCACUUUCCUACUUGAAAAGUCCUGUUUUUUUAAUGGUUCUACCUGCACUCAGGAGAAUGGCAUGUGUUGCAUCGUGAAGGGCAGCAAGCUUUCCUGUUUCACUUUUUUCUGGCAUAAUCCGCUGUCCCUCAGACCGAAACGCACAGUGGACUGCAGUAUUUCAACGACUGGUGGUUGUGUAGUACAUUUCAGUGUCUUUUCCAAGUGACCUUUUUGUAACAGUUUGAUUAUUUGAAACACUCCAAAAUGAUGGUUUGAUCCUGGACAUCAGUCCCUGCCCCCCCCCCCCUCUGUAGGUUUGUGUAAAAGAAUAAAAGUGUGUUUUUUUCCCCAA